GAUGAGUCGCAGAAACAAACAUUUUUCUUUUUCUUCAAGUCCCACACUUUCUUAUUACAAUGUCUGGCCUGCCUGCAGCUUCUGACCUUUCUGCAGACUUCUGGAAUCAUCAUUCGUCAGAUGAUACCGUCCAAAAGAAUGUCUUAAUGACGUUUCGCACCGGACGUCCCACAUCGAGAGGAAGCGGAUUCCGAACCUCUGUGGAGCAGAAUUCUUCCCCUGUAAACCCCAGCCCUGAACCUGCAUCAGGUGCCUUCAUCACACCAGAUGCCGGCGAGGUUCAGAAUCUUAAUCCUGUGGACAUUCUCACGUCCGUCCUGACGAAUUUGCAGACUUUUCAGGAAACGCUCAAGGAUGCCGCUACAUCAGUCAUGGAUCUAUCAGCAAUCAUUCAGGCCCUGCAACAGGGCGACGUGCGCACACUCACGGAGAAGGUGUUGAAUCUACGCCUUCCGUCCAAUGACGAAUUUCAGGGGAAGCUACAAGAAAUUAAGGAUAACGUAAAAGUGCUUCUGGAGACGGUGAUCUUGGAACAGCACGACGGCGACGACUGGCACCCUGUGGAGUAUUUCAGCCACAAAGUGCCUCCCAUCAACUCGCUUGAUGAUGCAAGGAAGAAGGAGCUGCUCGCAUUCGUCAUGGCUCUCAAGCGAUGGCGGCACUUCCUCCUUGGGCGUCGUAGGUUGACAUGGGUUACGGACAACAAUCCAUUGACCUACUACAAGACGCAGGAUACGGUGAGCAGCACGAUCGGGCGAUGGAUGUACUUCAUCGACCAGUUUGACUUCACACCGAAACAUCUUCCCGACCUCUCAAAUCGCGCAGCAGAUGCACUCUCGCAAAGACCUGAUCUUUGCGCUAUGACACAUCAUGCCUUCGCAUUCGACGAGGAGCUUCRGCGACACUUCAUCCGGGCAUAUGAGUCUGAUCCGGACUUCGCCACGCUGUAUGCACAGCUAUCUUCGGAUCACCCGCCGGCCAGCCACUAUCGCAUUGUCGACGGGUACUUGCUCCUCCACUCGAGAGGCAAGGACUUACUAUGUGUCCUACGCGACCGUCGUCUUCGGACUCGCCUCCUCGGCGAGUAUCAUGAUUCACGACUCGCCGGCCAUUUCGGAGUCAACCGCACUAUUGCACAGCUUCGACAGCAAUUCCGAUGGCCCGAUCUCAUUACCGAUGUCACUCGGUAUUGCGACUCUUGCGAAGUUUGCCGACGCAGCAAGCCCCGCAACCGCAAUCCCUACGGCGAGUUACGCCCGAUGCCCAUCCCACGGGAGUCCGGUCUCUCCAUUGCCAUGGACGUCACCGGUCCAUUCCCUCGCGACCGGCUCGGGCACGACGGCAUCCUCACGGUUGUGGACCGAUUGAGUAAGUACGCGCGGUUUCUUCCUUGCAAGUACUACUCCACGGCUCCCGAGUUGGCACGCCUCCUGCACACCGGUUGGAUUUGUAGCCACGGUGUACCAGAAGACAUAGUCAGCGACCACGACACUCGCUUCAUGUCGGCAUUUUGGACUGCUCUCAUGCAGGAGUCCGGCACGAAGAUGAAGCCAAGUUUGGCUCGGCAUCCACAGACAGACGGGCAGACGGAGCGGGCACAUCAAACCGCUCAAAUGAUGCUUCGUAGGCUCAUCCGUCCGGACCAGGAAGAUUGGGUUGACCGCCUCCCCGACAUCGAGUUCGCCUACAACACUUUGGUGCACCCGGCGAUCGGCGUGACUCCAUUCGAGUUGCACCACGGUGGACGGAAAGGCCGUAUCUUCGCCGAUCUUCUCCUCCCUCGACCAACCGACAUUGACGCCGCUUGCUCUCCCGCUUCCGUCCGGAACUCCCCGAAGUACGAGCAGAUCUCGGCCAAUGCCGUUCGCCUCAAGCACCAGGGCGAAAUCCGUUAUCUGCUCUAGUUGUGUUUCCUCAAAUGAUUGUAACCCUGAUGUAUCCAGCCGU